UUGAGCAAUUCUAGUUAACAAUAUGGAUGCAUAUUACCUGACAGAACCACUAGAAGGCACUGAUUUUUUGCCAAAAUCAACACAAACCAUGGCCAGGAAUUUGCAGUGGUGGUUCAAGGUAUCAGUCCACACCAUCCUUGUCCUCGCCGGUCAGUCAGUUGCCACUCUUCUCGGUCGUUUCUACUAUGAUCAAGGUGGUAAAAGCAAGUGGUUGCAAACUCUGACCUUCUCUGCUGGCUUUCCCAUCCUUUACCUUCCCCUGCUCAUCACCACCCACUCAUCAUCCUCAUCUACCUCCCACCCUCUUCCCCUGGUCAAGAUCACUGUCAUCUAUAUCAUCCUUGGCCUUAUGGCCACUGGAGACAGCCUUAUGUACUCUUACGGCCUUCUCUAUCUCUCUGUCUCAACCUACUCAUUGGUAUCUGCUACACAACUUGGCUUCAAUGCUGUCUUCUCUUACUUCAUCAACUCAGAGAGGUUCACUCAUCUUACAUUCAACUCUGUCAUCAUCCUCACCUUCUCUGCUGCCAUUAUUGCCUUUCAGCCUGCUUCUGAUGAUUCUUCAGAGACAUCUGGAGGGAAAUACAUGCUUGGCUUCAUCCUCACACUGGCAGCAUCAGCAACCUACUCCCUCAACCUCUCUUUGAUGGAGCUCACCUUUGACAAGAUCAUCAAAUGCAGAGCACUUUCAGCAGUUCUUAACAUGCAGAUAUAUACUGCACUUGUGUCCACUGUUGGGGCAAUCAUAGGACUCUUUGCUUCUGGAGAGUGGAGAGAAUUGAAGAAGGACAUGGAGGGGUUCAACCAAGGGAGACUGUCCUAUGUGAUGACCUUGGUUUGGACUUCCAUAUGCUGGCAAGUUACUAAUGUUGGGCUUGUAGGACUCAUCUUUGAGGUGUCUUCUCUGUUCUCUAAUGUCAUCAGCUCCCUUGCUGUGCCCAUUGCUCCAGUAUUUGCUGUCAUCUUGUUCCAUGAUACAAUAAAUGGAAUCAAGGUGAUGUCCUUGCUGAUGGCUUUGUGGGGUUUUGUUUCAUACUUCUAUCAGCACUAUCUUGACUACAAGAAGGAGAAAACAGCACUGUUGGGAGUCAGGGAAUCCAUGCAACUCAAUGGUAGAGUUUAAAUAUGAAAAGCCAUGAAUGUUAAUCAAGGUUAAUAAUAAGAA